CCUCGACAGCCUCCCACGAACACGAGCAAACCUCGCCGCCGCCCUCGCAUGCCGCUGCCGUGCGAGACCGGCCACCAACGACGACGCUCAACCCGGCCCGAUCCAUGGCAUUGCUGAGCAGGCCUCGAGAUGGAUGGCGUCUCUCCCAUAGCGCCGCUUGAGCGCUCCGUCUCCGAGCUGUCGGCCGCCUCGUCCAGGAGCCACCGCUCCACCGUCCGCGGCACCCGCCGGAAGCUCCUGUCGACCCAGUCGUCCGGCUCCGCCUCUUCCAUAAACGACAAGUCCCUGACAUCAUUCCCCUCUUUUUCGCCUGGACCGCCCAAGGAGGAGGGGGACGAGUCCCCGGUUAUAGUCGACGGCAUCGACGCCGUCGCCUCUAUUCUGAUCAAGCAGCCGUCCUCGGCCAAAUCGCGGACCCCGAUGUCAGCCGCCCAGACGCCCGCUUCAACCACCUCGGCCUCCACAGCCGCAUCUAUAGUCGAGAGCUUGACGGCCGCAUCACCUGGCCUGCUAAAAACCCGACGGUCAUCCUCCGGCCGCAACGGCGCCCGGAGCGCCCUCUUCGACGAUACCGCCGGCACCCCGACCCGCAGGCUCCCGGGAGCCCUCCACCUGGCGGACAACGACCACAUUAAGCGCCUCGUGGCCAAGCACGGGGCCGUGGGCCUGGUGCGCCAGGUCGCCGAGGACCUGGCGCAGCGCGAUGCCCAGAUCUCGGCCCUGCGGACCCGCGCCGGCGAGCGCGAGCGCGCCCUGCGCCGCAUCAUCCUCGAGUGCGGCCUCUCCAACCUUGACCUGGAGACGAGGCUACGCGCCGUCGAGGAUGAGGCCAGGACCAUGGGCGCCGCGCGCCGUGGCGGCCUGGAACGUGGCGUCUCGGACCUCGUCAGCGACGCCAUGGCCGACAGCGUCUCCGGGGAUGCACCGCCCUCCCCCUUUUACGGCCACGCAACACCAUUCGACGGCCAGGCGACCAUCCGCGCCGUCAGCGGCUCGACACAACCGCCCGCAACAGAAUCAGACGGCAACAGCAACAAUAGCAAAGGCACCAUGAAGUUUAUCAAGGACUACAUAUGGGGCGGGGGCGGAAGCGGGAGGAACAGCCGCGCCAGCAGCAUAAACGGAGAUACGGCCAAACAGGCACAAACAGUCAUCCGCGCCCCCGUCUCGAGCGACCGGCGACCGAUGCUCCAGGACGAUCUCUUCACGCCGCCAGACACGCAAUCGGUUAGGAGCUCGAGUAGAGCCUCCAGCAUCAACAACGGCGUUACGGGUAGGAAGACGUCGACACCGUUUUCCACGCUGGUCAGAAUGGUUGCCGGCGGAGGCUCUCUGGCUCCCAAGGAUGGAGACUUGCGGGGUAGGGCCGGCAGCUCAUCGGUGGCGGGCGGCUCGCUGAGGACGUCAUCAGUCUCGAGCCAGAGGACUACGGGGUCGAACCGCGCCGUGUCCACGCAGGCGGGCGGGCCCAAAGCGCUGAUGUCGAUGCGUAGAGUGGUUACCGGCGUGCCGAACCUUCCCGCGUCGGGCGCCAGCCGCUCCAAACCCGAGGAGCGGUGGGACUCGAUGGUGAGCAGUCCCAUCACCGACUCCAUGUCGCAGCAGGAGAGCUACGGGCCGGUUGAGAUGGACAAGAUUGUUCCUCUCGAGGCACAGCCGCCGACUCUGUCGCAGUUUUACAACAACAACUACGGCGGGUCCGGGCAUCUCACAGAUCGGUUCGGCUUCAUAUACGACCAGCGGAGGAAGAAGCGUCAGAGGGCGGCGCAUCUGGCCAGCCAGGUGCUGGUCGCGGCUGCUGGUGGCAAGGCGGACAGUGCCGGCAGACCCAUUCUGCCGCCCAUCAUCACGGAUGACAGCACAAGCCAUAAGUGGGAUGUCGUUGACGAUGGAAGACCGGGUUCGCCGUCGUCGGCCGAGGAGGUGCGGGAGGAGGGCAAGCCGAGCAGCAGGUGGUACGACUACCUCAAGGUUGUCACCUUCCAGGCCGGCACCGAGCGCACGACGGAGCUUCUGUCGGACACACCGGCCAUGAGCGUACCCGGGAUCGAGGUCACCGAAGGCCAAGAGCCGCCCAAGUCCCCCGCCAUCGUCCAGUCUGAAGACGGGGGCUUUGUGCCGCAUGCCAGCACGCCAAUCUCGGCUGUCGACACGCUAGCCAGCGCCAGCGCCGGGCCAGAGGGCGAGCCUGCAGCGGCGACGUUCGUCAAGGACGAUGUUGAGCCCGUCAAGCAGCUCCUCGACCAGCUAAACAGCCUGCACGACGUGCUGCAGCGGAAGCGCAUGGACAGGUGGAACGAGUUCCAGCGCAAGGUGCGGGCAGAGCGCAGGAAGCACGGUGGCGAGUCGUCAGGCGCCGACAACAGGUUCCACAGCAUGCCCGAGACCAGGCUGGCCGACGGCGAGCUGAUCGGGAUCGCGGACCUCGGAAACAAGGGCAAGGUGGGACGGGCCAAGUGGAGCGAGUUCCGGACGCUGGUCCUGGGUGGUAUCCCCGUGUUGCUGCGGGCCAAGGUCUGGGCCGAGUGCUCGGGCGCCAUAGAUCUGCGGGUGCCGGGCUACUACGACGACCUGAUCAAGCGGCCGGCGACCGAGGACAACGCGGAAGUGGUGACGCAGAUCCGCGCCGACAUCAACCGGACGCUCACCGACAACAUCUUCUUCCGGAAGGGCGUGGGUGUCGAGCGGUUGCACGAGGUGCUGCUGGCGUACUCGCGGCGCAACGCCGACGUCGGGUACUGCCAGGGCAUGAACCUCAUCGCGGCCAAUCUGCUGCUGGUGACGCCGUCGGCCGAGGAUGCCUUUUGGCUGCUCGCGUCCGUGGUGGAGCGGAUCCUGCCGGUGGGCUACUACGACCACUCGCUCCUGGCCAGCCGGGCGGACCAGCAGGUGCUGCGGCGGUACGUGUCGGAGCUGCUCCCGCGCCUGUCGGCACACUUUGAGGCGCUGGGCAUCGACCUCGAGACUAUGACGUUCCAGUGGUUCCUGUCCGUCUUUACCGACUGCCUCUCGGCCGAGGCGCUGUUCCGGGUCUGGGACGUGAUGCUCUGCCUGGCGGACGGGUCGACGUUCCUGUUCCAGGUGGCGCUGGCGCUGCUCAAGCUCAACGAGCAGCAGCUACUGACGCAGUGCCCGACGCCGGCGGCCGUCUACACGUACAUCAACCACCAGAUGACGGACCACGCCAUCAGCAUCGACGGCCUCAUCCAGGCCUCGGAGGGGCUCAAGCGCCUGGUCCGGCGCGAGGACGUCUCGGCCCGCCGUGAGGCCGCCAUGGAGGCCGAGCGCGGGCUCGCCCGCCUGCGCGACGAGGAGCGCGCCGCUAGGGCCGCGGCCGCCCUGACGGUCCGGGGCUCGCGCAAGGCGGCCGCCGCGGCCGCACUCGUGGUCACGGACGAGGUGAUCAGCGCCGCGUCCUCCAGGGCCCCCAGCGUCAUCAUCUCGCGGACCGCGUCCCCCGCCCCCUCAGCCCUGGCGUCGCCCGCGGUCGAGGUGGGUGGUGGUGGUGGCAUCGCCGGUAUCGCAUGAGCUGGUUUCGGUUCCCGGGGCUCUGGAAAUGCGUGGGGCUUGUGAUGCCGAUAUUUGUCUCACGGAGCGAGCAUAGCGUUACGGAACUGCCUGGUUUGGUUUGAUUUCUUUUUUUUCUUUUUUUUUUCGUGCAUGUCCUAGCCCCUCCCAGCAUUUGGUUCGGUCUUUUCUGCUCCCUUGCUUGCCAUUUCGAACACAAAGAUCCCGGCUUUAGAAAUACAUUUUUUUCUUCUCGAGUUGGAUGGUUUGCCUAUUCUCCCUACGCAUGUUGGAGUAUAUCCAGAGCGGCGGAGCGCAGUCGGAGAGACGUCUGCAUCCUACCUUGGGCCAGUGGCCGCCCUGCGGCCCUCGUCGGCCGACUGAGCCAGCAUGCCGUCACAUGUUUUAUCUCUUUUUCAUUCUUCCUCUUUUUUUGUUUUUUGUUUAUGGUGUUCGUUUUGCUGUAGUUUCUUUUUCUUUUUGCUCCGUUCCUCUUGUGCCAUUUUGAUAGAUUGGGAAGCUCAUGAUACCCCCUCUCCCUUCUCGGAUGCCCCCUCGCUUUUCCUCGGGCAUCGAAAAACAAUAAAAUCGGAAUAUUCACC